CAAGCUUCUUCAGUAUAUAUGUUUUUGGUCACAAUGUAGGUUGUGUGUAAUGUUCUACAAUAUUUAUGAUAAAUCUUAAUAUAUUGCUUUGUAUUUGGAAAGUAAAAAGUAGUUGUACUCUGUAAGUAGCUUAAUGAAAGUUCUUGAUCUUAGUCGAGAUAGCUGAUUUCCUACAUUUUCGAGGAAGUUACCCGCGUUGUGCUAAUUUAUAUCAGCUUAUGGGUAUACUGGUGUAGUCAAAAUAUUUUCAUGAGUCCAUUGUUACAUGAAUUGAAUGUUUAUAGGCCAACCUAAAUAGAUAGGUAUUGCGAUGGAUGAGCGGGGGUCAGAGGUAACAUUCAUGUUCCAGUUUGGACUUAUCAGAGAUGCUAUCACAGUUCAGCAAUCAUCACUCAACUUAAAAACCAUCAAAACACUGGCAUGUGAUUUCAUAAACUCUAAGAUUCCUGAUCAUGGAAUAAACAAAAUAGAAGAUCGCCUGUUGCUAUUCAUACAUGCAUAUAACUCAAAUAAUAUCUUGCAGCUUGUCAAUUCUGCAUCUGAUGUUGUGGAUGAAACUCUUAUAGAAAUUGUUCUAACUGGGAAAGUUCCCACAAGUUCUAUACCAGAUAUUACUGUGGUGAGGCCACAUGCUCUCUCAGUUCAUUCAUACAAGACUCCAACAUUCUGUGACUUUUGUGGAGAAAUGCUCUUUGGAUUGGUGCGACAGGGCUUAAAAUGUGAAGGUUGUGGACAGAAUUAUCACAAGAGAUGUGUGGUAAAGGUGCCAAACAAUUGUUCGUACACUUUGCUGGAUGACAAGCAAAGACGUCGUUCAACCCAGAAUCUCCAAGUGCCGAGGAGCCCUUCUGGUGGAUCUGGGGGCUCUAACACCUCCCUUGCUUCUGUUAAUUCCACACAUACUGAAGACAGUGGGCUGUUUCCGAGCACAAACCGUAGCCCAUCGAUGGGCGGCAGGCCGAUAUGGAUCGAGAAGGAGCUAUCAUCACGGUUUCGAAUCCCGCACACGUUCGUUCUGCAUACGUACACCCGUCCCACCGUCUGCCAAUACUGUCGCAAGCUGCUCAAAGGGCUUUUCAAGCAAGGAUUGCAAUGCAAGGACUGCAACUACAAUGUGCACAAGAAAUGUUUGCAGAAAGCUCCCAAGGAUUGCACGGGCGAGUUGCCGGGUAACGGACAUAGUAAUGUUGAGUAUCCAGAUAGUUGUGCAAGCAAUGAUAGCCGUUACAAUUUGACGCUAGAAGAAGAUGACCAAGAAGCAAUGAAGGAUUCUUAUUCUUCAGACAACGGCGACAGUAACAAAUACAUUGAAGUGAUACCCGUACAUGAUGACGACAACGAUCUUACCCCUUCCUCAUGUAGCUCAUCCUCAUCACCCAGUGCCAACAUUCCACUGCAACGAAUUGUGCAAUCAGUGAAACACACUAAAAGGAGAGGAUCAAAGGUUAUAAAAGAAGGCUGGCUUGUACAUUUCACUAAUAAGGAUAGAAUGAUUCGUAGACAUUUUUGGCGAUUAGAUACUAAAUCUAUUGUUCUAUUUCAAAGUGAGGACAGUUCGAAGUACUAUAAAGAAAUACCAUUAUCAGAAAUAUUGACAAUUGAUACUGCAAGAAUAAAGCAAGGAGAAGUGAUGCAUUGUUUUGAAAUUAGAACUGCCAAUGUAGACUAUUUUGUUGGUCAAGACCCGCUUUAUGAUUUACAAGAAGGCAACUCUGUCAAUUUACCACCGCCAGAUAGUGGAAUAGGAGCAUAUCUUGCAAAAAGCUGGGAAACUACCAUACGUCAGGCAAUAAUUCCUGUACAAGCGAAUGCAAAACAUGAAGAAACAUCGGCUAGUGAAGAACAGAUUACCGACAUGAGCCAGAUUUAUCAAAUUUAUCCAGAUGAGGUCUUGGGAUCUGGACAGUUCGGAAUUGUGUAUGGCGGAGUUCACAGAAAAUCAGGCAAAACAGUAGCUAUAAAAGUCAUAGACAAGUUGAGAUUUCCUACUAAACAGGAGGCGCAGCUCAAAAACGAAGUGUCAAUUUUACAGAAUUUAUCACAUCCGGGUGUGGUUAAUCUAGAAAGGAUGUUUGAAACCCCAGAAAGAAUUUUUGUUGUUAUGGAGAAACUGAAAGGUGAUAUGUUAGAAAUGAUUCUGUCACAUGAUAAAGGCAGACUGACCGAACGAGUUACAAAAUUUUUGAUCACUCAGAUUUUGAUAGCGCUGAAGCAUUUGCAUAGCAAAAAUAUUGUGCACUGUGAUUUGAAACCUGAAAAUGUUCUUUUAAGUUCAGAUGCCGAAUAUCCUCAAGUUAAACUAUGCGAUUUUGGAUUUGCUAGAAUUAUUGGCGAAAAGUCUUUCCGGAGAUCUGUGGUAGGAACACCAGCAUAUUUAGCUCCCGAAGUAUUAAGAAAUAAAGGGUACAAUAGAUCUUUGGAUAUGUGGAGUGUUGGCGUAAUAGUGUACGUUAGUCUCAGUGGUACAUUCCCGUUCAAUGAAGAUGAAGAUAUAAAUGAACAGAUACAGAAUGCUGCAUUUAUGUAUCCACCAAACCCUUGGAAAGAAAUUUCUUCUGAUGCAAUAAAUCUAAUAAAUAAUUUAUUACAAGUAAAACAAAGGAAGAGAUUUACAGUUGAUAAAUCGUUAGCACACGUCUGGUUGCAGGACUACGAGACGUGGUGUGACUUGCGCACGCUUGAAGGUCAAGUAGGUGUACGCUACUUAACCCAUGAAUCGGAUGACGCCAGAUGGGAACUUUUUAAGGCUGAACUAUGACCAGAGAAAGGAUGGCUCUGCACUGUUAAAAAGUGCCUUCGGGGGCUAAAAAUGUAAAUGGCCGAAACGUUUUGAUCAUUCACAUUGUUGUUAUACAUGCAUUUUUAAGGAAAACAUUGAGUCCAAUACUCAUAAAUUUUGAGAUUAGAAAAAUUCAUUACAGGCCGAAAUUCAGCAUGAUGGUAGGUAAUAGUACUGAUAAAAAUCAAUUCUCGCCCCAACUCAAACAGUUCUAGACUUACGUGAUAUAAUAGUAUUUUUGUUUUCCUUCUACCUAAAAAAAUUACAAACAUUUAGAAACCCAUAUCUGUAGGAUGAAAACUGAGAAAAUUUGUUACAGAAACAGCAAUUUACGAUACUUCCUCCAGUUUUUGCUUUCCACGCCAUUGGCGAGGAAGGAUUGUAAUUCUGAAAAAUAUCGAAAAUGAGCUAUUUUUUUGAUGUUUAUGAAGUGUACAUCAAAAAAAAAUUGAAGAAAUUUUCUCACAAGCUUGCUGCUAUGCCAAACACGAAAAAGCUUAGCCAAAGCCAAAACACGAAAAAAAAUAGAAUAUUUCAAGCUUCGUUUUUGACUUCUCAGAUGCUUCUGAUUAUUUUCAGAAAUGUUGUGUAGGGAUAAAAAAUUGGGGGUUUUGGUUUAUAGGUGGUGGGAGCGAGUAUAUCUCAAUUUUAGAACUAUGAUUAAAUCCAUAACAGUUUUUACAUUGGGUGAUAAUUUAAUAUAGAUUUAGAUAUAACAGAUUCACUACGAUUUUGAGAAUCAAAAAGAUUAGUUGCUCUUAUUCUAAGAUUUUCCUUUAGGAUGAUAUUUUGACAAACGUGUAGCAACCCAAAAACCCAAACGGGUCAAGUAAGCAAGCUGAAAUUCGGGAUGAUGAAAUUUACGCAUAAAUACUAAACUGGUGCACAGUCGCUUUGCAACAUGGAAAAUUUUACCCAAAUUCAAACCUUGACAUUUUCAGAACGGAAAAAGAUAUCGAGGUACGGUAUUCGGAAGGUUCUUGUGAACACGCACAAGGUUCUACCGGUAUAUUUCUUUUAUUUAGCAAAGUUUGGGUCUGUCAGAUUCUCAAUUUUUGAUCUUGGAAAUAUUUCUGUGCAUGUUUUUAUCUUUCGACUGACCUAAAAAAAGUGGUAUCUCAAAUCUUUCGAAAGUUGGCUGUAACUCAAAUUAUCGAAUUUUAAAACAGUGUUACAUUCAUCCCUAAAAAGGCAUUUCUUGAGGUUUAUCUUGAGAAUGGGUAUUUUUUCUCAUACUGUUGCAUAAAGUGGAAUUUCUUGCGCCCGAGAAAAGAUUGAAGCACUCAUUGAACGUAAUUGCCUCCAGUGGCGUGCAGUAAAAAUUUGCUACUUUGACAUUAUGUAAUUUGAACAGAAUUUAUAAAUUUUACUAUGCAAUUAAACAGCUUAAUGAACAAAUUCAAGUUACUACUCUUAAUAUAGGGGUGUAUUCCAGUGGCGUAACACCAAAAACAUUUUUUGGUUUGCUAAGAAGUGCUAAUAACUUCAAAGUUUUUAUUUUUCAAAAUGC